CACUGUCUCCUCGAUUAGCCCCAUGAAGCCGUUUCCCUCCUGGAUCGGGAUCUGUGUGCAUAUAUUGGGCUGGUACUGCUAAUGCUGCUGCUGGUGGCCGUGGGAGUAGAGGUAGAGAAGCCCUACAAGGCUACAAUGGAUGGUUUAGAAGAGGAGCUCCAUCAGCUACAAGACCGUGCGUGUCUCAAAGUUAACCAUUGUUUGGUAUAUAAGAAAAAUAGAAGAAAAGGAGGACUAGAGUCUGUGCUCCAUGCUGUGCGACCAGAAGGAGCUCGUCGUCGGUGCCAAAGGUUGCCCCGCCGGACCGGUAGGCUGUGCCCCUCAAUUUGCCGGGCAUCUUACCUUCCAAAAACACGAAUCCGUGUCAGACAACAAUGCAUUAUGAAAUUAUUGAACAUGAAAAGAUAAGCAAUGGGCACCUCAAAGUUCACUUUGAGGAGUUGUGAACCAAUCUCUAGGAGCAUGCAUGUGAUAUGCGUGCAUAUACAUGUAGAUUAAGGAUCCUAAUUAAACCCAUGGUGGCUGGAGUGGAGCAUGAGAAUGGAAAGAAAGCAACCCUUGUCUCUGUGGCUGGGCGGUCCAGGACACACCGGGAAAGCAGCUCGGCUACUUACAGGAGAAGCAUACGAUGCCUGAUCACUCCUACACAAAUGGUAAGCAGGUGAGGAGUUCAUUGCUCAAACAAGCAUAUCACUGGCCGGUACAAAGUGCUUUACACCACGCAGGCUUUGCCCUGAUCCUGAUGAAAGCGGCUGGUGUAGAUGAUUUGAUGAUGAGGAGCACGUGCGUGCGUGCGUGCUUCACCCGCGUUGAGGACCGAGCGACGCCCGAUCGACGCACGCGUACGCACACACCUUCCCUUGGAGAUUCCACGCCACUGCUUUGCGCGCACGCCACGCCACUGCAAAACCUGGCCCGAAUAUGCACUCUCAGUCCGUCGGGCACUCAGACCCGGUACCGAUACCGAGUUACUGUCGCAUCGGCCACUCUUUAUACAUAACCUCAAGGAACAACACUAGCUCAAUCCUCCUCCAUCAAUCGCGUCAGGACCUAGCUCUUCUUCCUUCCUUUCUCCCACAAUCUGCAUACGGGACGAGGAGCAGCGACCAGCCGGCCGGCAGCAUGGCGCCCCCGGAGUACGUGCAGAUCGUCGGACAGGCACAGCCGGCGUGCGUGACGGCGCCGCUCCCGGUGGUCUGGCUGGAGGGGGACGUCCUCGCAGAGUACGUGCAGUUCCUCAAAGAGGCCGAGGAGGCCGCAGCACCGCCGCUUCCCGGCGUCAAGUGGCUGGAGGGGGACGUCCUCGCCGAGUACGUGCAGUUCCUCAAAGAGGCGGAGGAGGCCGCAGCACCGCCGCUGCCCAGCGUUAAGUGGCUGGAGGGGGACGUCCUCGCCAACUUCCUGCAGUUUCUCGGACAGGACGAGCAGGUCGUGCACUACGGCAGCGACAACAGCAGCAGCGGAAGCAACGACGGCGACUCCAUGUGUGAGGACGAAGAUGACGACGAGGAGGAGAUGGCGUAUCUGCUGCGGCACAUCACGAGCCUCCCGGCGUUCAUGGCGCGCGCGGCGGCCGCCACCUCGGUGUAAGAUUAAUCGGGACGGCCUCGUUCGGAUCAAGAGAUCUUAGAGAUGGUAGCUGCUUGGUUACUUCCUCCUGCUUUCAUGUGUGUUCUGUAACAGUGCCUUAUGCCUGAUGAAAAAGAACAAAGAUGAAAACGGCCUAAUUUUAUCCGUCACA